AUGCAAGAUGCCCUUGAACUGGUGGUAGUGAAACUGCUGGACAAGGACCCGUACACACUGUUAGUCACAUUGCCACAGCAGCAGAUGGGUUUUCUGAUUUCUGAGGGACACACACAGAGAGACACACACAGAGAGACACACACAGAGAGACACACACAGAGAGACACACACAGAGAGACACACACAGAGAGACACACACAGAGAGACACACACAGAGAGACACACACAGAGAGACACACACAGAGAGACACACACAGAGAGACACACACAGAGAGACACACACAGAGAGACACACACAGAGAGACACACACAGAGAGACACACACAGAGAGACACACACAGAGAGACACACACAGAGAGACACACACAGAGAGACACACACAGAGAGACACACACAGAGAGACACACACAGAGAGACACACACAGAGAGACACACACAGAGAGACACACACAGAGAGACACACACAGAUAG